CCCGCAAGAGUCCGGAAGUUGCAGUUGUUGCCAAUGCGCACUUACACAGGGCAUUAGCUAAGUGGUUCCUUCUUGAAUCUAGUAGUUAAAGCAAUAUACCAAGAAACAGAAUUUUAGGGUUAUGACUUUUUUGAAGCGCUGUGGACAGUGGCUGCCAGAGGUGCAGGUCACAACCUGUACUGCACUGACCGUGUUGAUAGGAGUAGUGCUGUCGCUUUUAGGACAAAGUCAGUUAUUGGAACGGACGCAUUUCUCUUUGGACCCAGUGGCGGUCCUGUUUAGUGGAGAAGUCCACAGAUUGGGUACAUAUAUCUUUUUUCAUGAAGAGCCAAGUGGCCUGUUAUGGAGCAUCUUGUUGUUUUGGUUCUUCAGUGGUAGCCUGGAAAAGGCUCUGGGGACGGUAAGGCUCAUGUUCCUCACAGCUGUCUUUGUUCUUUUGAUUGCACUUGUCUACCUUUUGCUCGAAAUGCUCUUGUUUGGUCUAGAAGGAGCCGAGAGUAUCCAAGGAUUUGUGCCGCUGGCGUUUGCUAUGGUAGGAAUGUCCACUACACGUUCUAGGAUGAAGAGGACUAUUCUUUUUGGAAUUAAUGUUCCACUAGUUAUUGUACCAUGGCUUCUGUUAAUUGUGGCUUUAAUUCUCCCAGACUCUUCUUUGUUUGGCAAUGGUUCUGGAAUUCUGGUGGGGAAAGUCUAUGGCAUUGGAUUUUGUUCUUUUCUUGAAUUCUCAGAGUUCACUGCCUCUGCAGUGGAUAAGUGGUCCUUUUUCAGAUUUUUAAAGAGGUUGCCAGGGCUGGUUUAUGUGCCUGGUUCAGUCGCUGAGAGGAGAGCAGCCCAUACCAGAAAGAUUAAUCCUAUCCCAGGAUCAUAUCCCACCCAAGCGUAUUACUCUCCAGCAGCUACUGCAUUUAAUCAAGAAACAUAUCCAGUCACCAGCAGACAUGGGUCAUGGCAGGCUCCAGGCCAGAGCUAUCCCUCUGUGUAUGAACCUGUGUCUCAUUACAGUCCAGUUCACAGUCAUGGAUACGAUCCGCAUCAUGGCUAUCAGCCACAUCAUGGAUACAGGCCAAGGACAGAAGCCAACAUGAACAGUUCUAGUGCUCCUUUGUCUUCCCAUGGGCAUUGUGGUGUUUCUGUUGAUGGUUCUUCCAGUAUGACUGGAGAAUAUUCAGCCAAUAACUUAAAAUAUUCUGCAGCCUCCUGCACUCAGUCCCAGGCUUCAGUACUGCAUGGUGGUUACAGACUAAAUUCACAGCAGGAAAAACUGUUCAUUGAUGGCUCUGCUAGAUUUUCAGUGCCUUCCUCUGCAUCACAAGCAUAUGGGAGUCUGACUGCUGAUCAGUGAUUACCAUUUCCUUGCUGGGAACUGCUGAUGUAGUCAGAAGGCUAAUAAUUACAGGUUUAACUGGGUUCUAUUCCUGCCUCACAGAAAUGUAGUUGUAUUUGGUGUGAAUGAAGCAAAUGUGCAACACAAAACAUAUCAAACUGUUUAAUUUUUGUAUUUUUGAAAAUUGUUAUCCCCUGAACUCGGUGUGUAAAGUUUUACUUUUACUAUGCUAAAAAAAAAAAAAGAAAAAGUUCUCUCUGGUUUGUUCAGUUCAUAUGCAGCAAGUUGUUUUGCAUACUGUCUUGCUCAUUUCUCAGAUGAGUUCCAAUGAAGUACCAGGAACUUGAAGAGGUCUAAUUGUGUUUGUCUUUAGCAAGAAUUCAGCCUAUAUUGUCAAGACUCCAAGAGUUGUGCUGCGGACUAUAGCUUACACUACAUCACAACUAAUAAGCAUGAGCACUUAUUGUGGGGUGCAAGGCUGAAAGGAUUGGCUUCAUGUUAGCAUAAAUGAGUGUCUAACAUGCUGCAGCAUUCAACUCCAUUUCUAGAUGACUACUGUGUAAACAUGAUUACUGCUUGGAGUUAAGGUGCCUACUGCAGUUGAAAAACAUUUAAUGAACGGUAAGUGAGGAUCACAGAUAUCUCUGACUUGCUUAUCUAGUAGUGUCAUCCUAUCUACGUGUGUGUGUGUGUGUGUGUGUGUGUGUGUGUUUUCCCAGUUUGCCGGGUGUUAGUCUACUGAACAAAUGACAUACUUAUUUAUGUAGUAAGGCAUGACUCAGUACAUCAUCAUGAAGAAACUGCCAUGGAUACGGUAAAGCACAACCAGCACACUACGUGUUACUUUGCCGAACCUUAUGUUGUACAUUGUUGUUAAGUAUAUUGAUACUGUAGAGUGGUUGCAUUUUGCCCAUAGUCUCUUGUGGAUUUUGAGGUGACAGAUGUAGGUUGUGAGGUGCUUUCUUGCUGUGGAAGCAUAGGUUUAUGAGUCAACUGAUUCCUUGUUUGCCUUCUGUCUUGAAGCCUUUAUGGGCAAAUCCCUAAGCUGCUAGCAUGGGUGUACAUGCUACUUGUCUUAUUAGCAUAGCAUAGUCUAUCUUCAUGCCUGCUGCAGUGAUCUGCAUGCAACUCAGAGUCUACAUUGGGGAUGGAGUUUUGCACCUUUUGAGGUAAGUGAGCCUGCGGAGGUCUGUCUCCUUCAACCCACAGGCAACUAAACAGCUAACAGAGCUUGAGUCAUCAUUGUCAUAGAUGGACUCUAUAUUCUUACAUCAGUAGACCAGCUGCAUCUUCUGUACCUCAAACAACAUAGCAGAUUACUUAGGAUUCAUAUAUUGUAUAGAACAAAUGUAAUAUGUUUUUAACUUUGUGUUCAAGCUCAGUAAUUAUCAAGCACCCUUAUUUUAUAUGAUUUUUCCUUGCAUGUGCUCUCUCGCCCUGUUUUUUUUUUCUAAAAGUAGUAUGUUUUGUCUGCUUAACUUCAGCUGUUACCAGGCACCCUUAUUUUAUAUGAUUUUUUUUUUUGCAUGUGCUCCCUCGCCAUGUUUUAUAAUUUGCCAUCUUUGCAACAAAUGAGAUGCUUGCAGUGUUCUGAAUUCAAGCAUUUAAAUCGUGUUGUAAUGUACACACACUUUCACAUUAGGGUUAACUGUAAUUGGGGCUUUUGUUUUCUUUGUAGUAAGAAAAAAUGGUGUACAUUGUCCUGGCCUGUAAUCUGCACUAGAUAAAUGGGAAAUUCUCCAUGGUUAGUAAAGCUUGUAUCAAGGGUUAACAUGUUGAGUGCACAAAUACUUCAUUCUGGUUUAUGUGUUUGUAUGUAGUAAUAGGAUUGUUAUGAAAAUAGAUAUUACAAAUCCAUUUUUACCAAAAUCAUUAACGCUAUCUCCGACAUUCCACACACGUAACUGUCAAUAAAUGUAUUUUCUUCACUGUUCAGUGCUAUUUCAAGCAUACAACCCUCCCUCCAUGCAUCAUGCGUGCGUGUGCACACACACACUCACUGUAGGAAUUUGCUGACAUUAAAGAAUGCAACAUCCUCCCAUACCAAGCAUAUUGCUUACUCUAGCCCUAUGUAAAGUAAGCUCCUCCAAAACCAAAGCUAUAUGUAGUUUAAAAGUACAAUACAUACACCAUCUUCCUUUCACCUCAUUUCUUUAAAAAAAAAAGUAUAUGCGUAAAAAAAAUACAUGGUGUUCUCAAAGUAGCACCGCCCACCUAAAUUCAACCUCAUAAAAAUGAGAUUGAUUCAUAUUAAGGCAAAAAAAAACUAAAAAAAAAAAAAAAAAAAAGAUAAAC